AUACCCAACUAAGUUUAUUGUAUUCAAGUUCUUAGGUAACAGACUGUAUAAUCAAUCUGCCAUAUUAACAUUAAAUUUUAAUCCAAUUAUAGAUGUAAAAAUCACUUCUUAAGUGUUGGAAGAAACUGAGGUAAAAGAACUCUUGAACUUAAAUCCAAUAUUUAGGUUGUUUCGCCCAUAUCUGUAUUGCAUUCAGCAUUGUAUAUCCAAAUCUUCGCUACAGCAAGAUAAUCACAUGAGAGAGAGAGAUAGAGAGAGAGAGAGAGAGUAUUGUUCACACACACACACACACACACACACACAUAUAUAUAUAUAUAAGAGAGUCAUUUCAUGUUUCUAUCAUAUUCACGAGACCUUUAGAAAAGAAGUACUAAAGGAAUUUGCCAAAUGAGUUCUACAUUUUCACUUGCACCAAAACCUUACAUUAGAGAGAGCAAUGGAAAACUCCUGCCCCCAAAAUCUAUGCUCACAACAAUUAGAGCUGAAGUGAUUACAGCUCCCAAGCAAAGAAGCACGCGGAUUUUUCCUGAACUAUCAAUACAAGGCAUUCCUGUUGCUGAUUUGCAUGUACAAGAAAUUGUUCAAAGGCAAUCCAAGACUUACAACACAGCCAAUGGAGGUACUAGCCGAAAGCCACAGUUCGAUCCAAGCUUUCUUGAAGAAGCGUAUGAAAGGUGCAGGAACAUCUGUGCAGAAUAUGCCAAGACAUUCUAUCUAGGCACUUUGCUAAUGACAGAGGAGCGUCAAAAGGCAAUAUGGGCAAUCUAUGUUUGGUGUAGAAGAACAGAUGAACUGGUUGAUGGCCCCAAUUCUGGGCACACGAACUCUGAAGUUCUUGAUAGAUGGGAAGAGAGACUAGAAGACAUUUUCGAAGGACGACCUUAUGACAUGCUUGAUGCUGCAUUAACUCAUACUAUUCUCAACUUCCCCUUAGACAUGAAGCCUUUUAGGGACAUGAUCGAGGGUAUGCGAAUGGACACAAGAAAAUGCCGAUAUCAGAAUUUUCAAGAGCUUUAUCUCUACUGCUACUAUGUGGCUGGAACAGUUGGCCUAAUGAGUGUUCCUGUAAUGGGAAUUGCACCAGAUUCUCCGAUUUCUGCUCAAAGUACAUAUGAUGCUGCACUCUACUUAGGUAUAGGGAAUCAACUCACAAACAUACUUAGAGAUGUCGGGGAGGAUGCUGCAAGAGGUAGAGUUUAUCUUCCCCAAGACGAGCUGGCACAGUUUGGGUUAUCCGACGACGAUGUUUUUUCAAGAAAGGUCACUGAUCAAUGGAGAGAGUUCAUGAAAGAACAGAUUACUAGAGCGAGAUUCUAUUUCAACCUGGCAGAGGAGGGUGCUUCUCAACUUGAAAAGGAUAGCCGUUGGCCGGUAUGGUCAUCGUUGCUGAUAUAUGGAAACAUCUUGGAUGCAAUUGAGGAAAAUGAUUACGAUAACUUGACAAAGAGAGCAUAUGUAGGCAGAGCUAAGAAACUUCUCAUGUUGCCUUUGGCUUACACAAAAUCCCUUAAUACACCUAGUUUGAUCUCUCAAUAGUAUCAUCUCUGUAUAUCACUAUAUUGUGUAUACCUCUGUAUAUCACUAUAUUGUGUAUUCAUUUAUGAUAACUUCUGUUAAAUUAAGUCAUUCAACCAGUGUUAAAGUUCUUUGCAUGUGCUCCUGGCAAACUUAAUGCCCAGAUUGCAAAGCAAACAUGUAAUCUGAGUUAGAUGA